GUAAAAACCAAGUUUCCCCAUAUCCAAAAUCCCAACAAACACACAACAGAGUCAACUCCACAAGUGUCCAAAUUACAGUUAAAUUUAUACAUCCUUUAAUGCAAAUGCCACUGCUAUUUCUCUUCAGAUCCCAACAUUAAUAAUGGAGCCUCUCAAGAGAAAUAAGCUCAUCCACUGCCUUCACUUCCGAUCUCACUCUGGUCCAGUUUCUUUUCUAGAGCACUUUUCAUACAAGGACAUAAAGAGGGCAACAGAUAAUUUCCGCAGGAUCACUGACAACUCUUCUUCGGGUGUUGUUUACAGAGCCCAUUUCAAAGGUAGUAAAAUUGCUCUGGUGAAAGAAGUAAGUGUUUAUAAUGAAGAUGAUGAUGCCUUCUGUAGGGAAGUUCAGCUUUUAGGGCGCAUACAUCACCGUCACAUAGCCGUACUCAGUGGAUUUUCUACUGGACGUAAGAGGUUCUUAGUGUUUGAGAAUAUAGAAAAUGGGAGCCUAAAGGAGCAUUUAAAUGAUCCUUUGAUGACUCCUUUGAAUUGGAGGACAAGGCUAAAAAUAGCUAUUGGAGUUGCAGCUGCACUGGAGUAUCUGUUUUACUUUUGUGAUCCACCCGUGCACCAUGUAUCCAUCAGUUCUAGUACCAUCAUGUUAGACGAGAACUUUACCCCAAAGCUCUCUGAUGUUGGCAUAUUUGGUUCUGCUGGGACUCCACACUCUUCAUGUCCCAAAGAUUGCACCAGCCAACAAUGUGGAAGUAUAGUCUUUCAACUGGGAGUGCUAAUCCUCGAGUUAAUAACUGGUCAGUCAUCAGGAGAAGAGGGAGGUGUCGACUUAAUUAAAUGGGUCCAAGAAUCUUCAUUUCAGGACACUAUACACAAUAUGAUAGACCCUGAUCUCGGAAAUAAUUACGAUUCAAAAGAGCUUAAAGGUCUUUUAGCAGUGGCUAGACUGUGUGUAAAAUCAUCGGAUAAGCCAACUGUUUUCAUUUCCCAGAUAUUUUGGUAUCUACAGAAGAAGUUAGGAAUUACAGAUGAGCUAAACUGAUGAAUUUGUUUUGUUCAUAAUAGUGUAUAGGCAUUGUAUAUUCAUCACAUAUGGAAUCGGUUGCGCCAUUGCAAUACUCUUAACAUUUAUUUGUUGAAUAAAGUUCCACCAGGGUUGAAAUUGUUGUCAAA